AUGUUAAAUCAAUAUGGAUGGAAUUUGCUCCAGCACCCUAUAGUACUUUAAAUUCAAGCAAACACAACAUCAUUUUCUUUAGUUGAUUUACCUCCUCAAGCUAGAAAAGCAAAGCUCUAUAUAUGUCUCUAGUCUGGACAUUGUUAAGGAGAUUCAACUGUUACUUGGAUUUUUUCCACAAAAGUAGAAAUGAUCAAAAUUUCUGGUUUACCAUGUGCUUAAAAUGCAUGGUCAGUUAAUAGUGAAAAUAUUGCCAUAAGGCUUGAUGAGAAAAAAUUAUUGAAAUAAGUAGACAGGGAAAUUUUCCAUCAGGCAGCUUUUCAAUCGUAAUUGAAGCUUUAGGAUAUAAAUGAAUUAAUUUAAGUAUAUUGCAUAAAAUAAUUGAUUUUUAUUAAUUGUGAAUCUAAAGUGAGGUACUUUAAGUUUUGGAAUUAAGCCCAUUUAGUUAAAUUAGCUUAUUACUUAGGAUAGCAUCAAAAACAAUUUUAUUUCAUCUAAUUUGUAUCAAAACUGGUAAAAAAAUGA